AUGUCAGCCUCAGUCCCUCAAGGCCAUAGCUGGACUCGACAGGUGAAGAAGGAGGAUGAAGAAGAGGACCCAGUGGACCAGCUGAUCUCCCGCUCUGGCUGUGCUGCUUCCCACUAUGCCCUGCAGGAGUGCAUGGCCCAGCACCAGGACUGGCGGCAGUGCCAGCCACAAGUUCAGGCUUUCAAGGACUGCAUGAGUGAACAGCAGACAAAGCGGCGGGAGGAGCUACGGAAAAAGAAAGAGCAAGCCAGUACCCACCGCUGA